AUGAGUGUCGGUCAUGCGAGGAGGACUACAGAUGAGCGAAUGCGAUUAGGGAACAGCUUAUCAGACAACCUGAGCCUUCUCAGAAUCGCCAGUCAUCCAGACAGGAUCCCAGCUGCCGCCGAGUCGACACUGGACGCGCACGCCAGACAAACACCGCUGCAGAGGAAACGAACGGCAGACGGGGCGAUCAAGCACCAGCACAGCUCACGGAUUUCUGAUCAGAGAGAUGAGCUUCGGCUACACAGCGACUACAAACGAACCUCGGACGUGAAGAUGAAAAUGGACCUGGACGUCUUGAGGCGCCGUAUCGCGUUGAUUGAAGCACAAGAGCAGGGGAACACCCAGCAUAGGUCAGUGUCGAAACGAGCAAGAGGGCAGCAGCAGCAACUGGCUGGACGGGGGCAACGGCAACAGCAGAUUGGAGAUAGACAAGAUGCUGAGACGAAAAACAAUCUGACAGACUGGAAGGAAGCGAUCAUCCGGUGA